GGUGCAACACAUUACUCGUUUGUGUCAUAAUGUGGCAACUACGUUCUGUUCUACCAACUACCAUUGGAGCGAUACUAUUGGCGAUGCUCUCGUACAGCAUGGGGACGGAUAUGGACGUAGCUCGAGAACGUGCAGAACGAGCUGCUCUAGUGUUUACUCGCGGUGGAUCUAUGGGGUAUCUGCUGGCCAUAGCCAUUCCACUGCUGGUGCCGGGUCGUAACAUCUAUCUGUCACAUAAUUUUGAGGCCAACUAUGGAGUGCCGACGAACGAAACACAAUACUUCCAGUGGUAUCAGCGUUUUAAGGAUAACAACUUUAAUCUCACUGAAGCGAUCGCCACUAGCCGCCAUGAGCGUCGUGCGCGAAAUGUGCGAGGCUUCACCAGAAGCUAUUUCUAUGGUCAGCUUCUCGAGCGAAUGGAGCUGUAUGGGUUAAACGGAACCGGUUGUAUGCUGCGGAUCAUCUGUGAGAUACGUGAGACACCUGUCGAGGAGCAUAAUGGUGUGUUUGGAGAUGUGCUCGGGGUGAUCUUAAGUCCAUCAUCGUCCAUGGAUGAAGACUUACCGGUGAUGUACUAUGAGGCGGAAUCGAAUGGUGCUAAUGAGGGAUGCGAAGCAUACCGUGAUUUCUGUGCCACUGACUUACUCGGAUUUGUGUCGACGCUGCUGUAG